AUGGUGCGGUUUGCCCGUGAGGAAGCACACGCUAGCACGUUCGCGGCCCCUAACGCCUUGGCAAGCGGGUUCUGCUUCGUGCCACCCAGCAAGAGCCUGUUUCCUUGUUACGACUCCCUCUUCCCGCGGCACGUUGCCCCCCUCGUUCCUGAGAGGCCGGUGGCCGUUACGGGCGGGCGCUUGGGCUGGCUGCCCCCAGGCGAAGGCGGGCGGGGGAUCCGAGGCGACGGGGGUCCCGGCGGCAGGAAGGAGAGCUCAGCGAGAGGCGGCGACGAUCUCCUCCUGGCCCGGAUCCCGUCGCGCAGGGCGAACCCGCGCUUCCUAGGACAGGUCCAUUUUCCAGACACAGAGAGGGCAGAAUGGCUCAACAAGACUGUAAAACAGAUGUGGCCUUUUAUUUGCCAGUUUAUUGAGAAACUCUUUCGGGAGACCAUAGAGCCAGCAGUAAGAGGAGCAAACAACCACCUCAGUACCUUCAGUUUUACAAAGAUUGAUAUCGGUCAUCAGCCUCUGCGGAUAAAUGGUGUAAAAGUGUACACUGAAAAUGUGGACAAAAGGCAGAUCAUUUUGGAUCUUCAAAUCAGUUUUGUUGGAAACUGUGAGAUUGAUUUGGAGAUCAAGAGAUACUUCUGCAGAGCUGGUGUGAAAAGUAUACAGAUCCAUGGCACUAUGAGGGUUAUCCUGGAACCACUAAUUGGAGACAUGCCCCUAAUUGGAGCACUAUCCCUUUUUUUCCUUAGGAAACCUCUUUUGGAAAUUAACUGGACUGGACUGACCAAUCUUCUGGAUGUUCCGGGACUGAAUGGCUUAUCAGAUACAAUAAUACUGGAUAUAAUAUCCAACUACCUGGUCCUUCCAAAUAGAAUUACAGUCCCCCUUGUCAGUGAAGUGCAGAUUGCUCAGUUGCGGUUUCCUAUACCAAAGGGUGUUCUAAGGAUACACUUUAUUGAAGCUCAGGACCUGGAGGGGAAAGAUACUUACCUAAAAGGGAUUGUCAAGGGAAAGUCAGAUCCUUAUGGAAUCAUCCGUGUGGGCAACCAGAUUUUCCAAAGCAAGGUCAUCAAAGAAAAUCUCAAUCCAAAAUGGAAUGAAGUUUAUGAGGCCUUAGUAUAUGAACAUCCAGGACAGGAGCUAGAGAUUGAGCUCUUUGAUGAAGAUCCAGAUAAAGAUGACUUCCUGGGAAGUUUGAUGAUAGAUUUAAUUGAAGUUGAAAAGGAGCGUCUUCUAGAUGAGUGGUUUACUUUGGAUGAAGUGUCCAAAGGAAAAUUGCAUUUAAAACUGGAAUGGCUCACAUUGAUGCCAACUGCUGAAAAUCUAGACAAGGUGCUAACAAGCAUUAGAGCUGAUAAAGACCAAGCCAAUGAUGGGCUUUCUUCUGCAUUGCUUAUUCUCUAUUUGGACUCAGCAAGAAACCUGCCUAGUAUCUACGAGGGAAACUUUGGGUGUGGAUACUUAAAAGAGAGGAGAGCAUCGGGACUAGUCUUUUGUGAAAACACUACCUCACUCUAUAGAGCACUAUUUUCAGGAAAGAAAAUAAACAGCAAUCCCAAUCCACUUGUUUUGCUGUCAGUUGGACACAAGGCACAGGAAAGUAAGAUUCGAUACAAGACCAAUGAACCAGUAUGGGAGGAAAACUUUACUUUCUUUGUACACAAUCCCAAAAGACAAGAUCUUGAAGUUGAGGUGAGGGAUGAACAGCACCAGUGUUCUUUGGGGAACUUCAAACUGCCUUUAAGCCAGUUGCUGGAGAGUGAAGAUUUAACUAUGCAUCAGCGGUUCCACCUGAGCAACUCCGGUCCGAACAGCACUAUAAACAUGAAGAUUGCACUCAGGGUCCUUUCUCUUGAAAAGCAAGCAAGAUCUCCAGAUCAUCAACACUCGGCCCAAGUAAAAAGGCCAUCUCUUUCCAAAGAUGCAAGAAAAUCAUCUUUUAAGCCUCACGUUCCUCUCUCACCACCACCUGAUUCAAACAAACCUGUUCCAGCUUCCCCAGCGACUGAUAGUGAUAAAAAGACUGAUACAGCUGAAAAAAGUCAGCCUCCCAAUGCCAGCCCUCAGUGGCCAACAGAUCUCAGCCGAAGUUCCUCCAGUCUUCAUGCCUCUAACUUCUCUUACUCUCCCAGCCACCUCUCGGUCAAAGAACCCACUCCUAGCAUAGCCUCAGACAUAUCGCUGCCUAUCGCCACACAGGAGCUACGGCAAAGACUACGACAGCUUGAAAAUGGAACAACUCUGGGGCAGUCUCCAUUAGGACAGAUUCAGCUAACAAUUCGUCAUAGUUCACAAAGAAACAAACUGAUUGUGGUAGUGCAUUCCUGCAGAAAUCUAAUAGCGUUUUCAGAAGAAGGAUCCGAUCCAUAUGUGCGAAUGUAUUUAUUGCCUGAUAAGAGACGAUCAGGAAGAAGAAAAACGCAUGUAUCAAAGAAGACAUUAAACCCAGUGUUUGAUCAAAUAUUUGAUUUCAGUGUUUCCCUGCCUGAAGUACAGAGAAGAACACUAGAUGUAGCAGUGAAGAACAGUGGUGGUUUCUUAUCCAAAGAUAAAGGCCUGCUUGGCAAAUUAUUAAUACCUCUGGCAUCUGAAGAACUUGCUAAAGGCUGGACCCAGUGGUAUGAUUUAACAGAAGACGGUACAAGGCCACAUGGUGCAAGUUAGGCCCAUGGAUACUGGGAAUUCCCCAUGCAUACUUUUGCUGACCUUUAUAUAUUUUUAAAGCGUUGUUCUCACAGAUCUACCAAUAUUAUUUUUAUAGCUUUACUGAUUUAGUUCUUAGACACAUCCCAAAUAAUUUUAUAACACUUGGUCAUUUUAUGUAGACAUAGCCUUUCUCAUUGUUAAACUUUGUAUUUUAAUUUGCUAAACAAUUUUAUGUAUUACUGUAAUGUGCAAUAGUACAGUAAAGUAACCUUUUGUGUUUAAAUUGAUCUUUAUGACGGCUGUACCUGUUAGAAAGUGAAAAGAUUAUGUUCUGCUGUUUUCCUGCCUUGUUUUAUAUCUCACCAAGGUAUACCGUACCAUGUAAAUAUAUACUAUUUUUUUAUAAUUCUUUCAUGCUGGUUUGAAUUCAGAAGAAAAUUAGAUAAAGGAUAUAGAUAUUUUCUUCUAAAUGCAUGUUAAUUUCUUCAGAUGAAUCUCUUUUGUCUUUGCAGCACAAUGGUCUUAAUCAUUUUGUGAUAUUCUUCAAAAACAAAUGCAGAAAAACAUUUUUACUUUAUUGUGUUUCUGGCCCAGUGUGGCUAGCUUAAAUGUACAAAACAUUAACAUUUUAAUAUUUAUAUAUAAAUGUAUUAUUGGAAAAUCAUGCUAUAGAAUAUUAUAAACAAAAAUGAAAAUUCUAUAAAUAUUGUAUAAAUAGAGGUCCAUGAAUCACAGUUUCUAAAUCUGAGUUUUCAUUUAAUGGAGUAAACAUGACAAACAGUACAGUUUCAUUAUACAGGUUCACUUAGAUUUUGUUAUUUAUUCCUGUACUCUACAGUACUAGACAUGGGACCUUUUGAAGUUAUGAGGACAUGGAUUUUUCUGUAUUAUAAACAAAAAAUCUCUAACCACUUAGAACUGUCCUUACUGCCUUGUUUCACUGAUUUAAAAGGUAUACAAAUCAGCUUGUGAUGUAAGUUCAUAUAGUAGGCAUACGUACAAGACGUUAUUUUUAUUAUACAAUACUGUGCUAAAUAGUAUAUUAUGCUAUACCUUCUGUAAUACUAAAAUGGAAAACCAAUAGGUAAGAAAGUGUGAAACUGAGUUGAAACUGACUGUCUUUACAGUUGCUUCAUUGCUACUUAGUGUGUUUGGUGCAUGAAAAAAAUGCACUUCCGUGGUCCACCCAGGUUUCUUGAGAAAUAAUGGCAUUCUACUGAGGCAUUGCCAUAGUCUGCUGCAAGACUACAGCAGUGAUACAAUUAGCACAAACUGAUAAAAGCAGACAGUUGAGAGUUGGAGGGAGAGUAUCAGCCUAAAGAGCUGAGCUCAUAACUCUAAUUUUAUGAAUUACGGGGAAUUUUUUUAGUAUUCAGAACUGAUUUUUCUUUUUCUGGUAGGUUUUCUCAGACUGUUAUAAAAAUGUGCAUUAAGAAUCCAAGAGAACCGUUCAGCUCUUUCAGAGCCAACGCCCUCAUUCUUGGAUAAGUAUGCAAUUAGACAGACAAAGUAUAUUAUUUAGCUAGGAUUCUAGAAAGAUCUCUCAGCAAAGAAUUUUAAAGAAUAUUUAAAAAAAUAAUAAACGCCUGAAAUUAGCUUUAUUGUAAGAUUACUGACAAAACCUUAAUUCUAGAUGUAGAAUAUGCCUACAUUACUAGAUGUACCAAAGUGCCUACCAUAGAUGUAGCUUUUUGUCUUUUUCAAGUUUAAGAAUUGACUCAUUUCAGUUUGUCUAAAUUCAGUUUAACAUGAACAUUUGUCACGGAUGUGUGUGACGCACACAUACACUUCUAUACAGUGACAGCCUUCUUAUUGCCACAUUUUAUACAAGACAAUUUUAGCAAACAAACUUACAUUGUAAAUUUUGCUGCUGUAACUUUCUGAUGGGCUGGGCAAUAGAGAGAGGUUCUUAGUAAGAAAACAUUUCCAUUUGAAGGCUUCACUCUAUAUUGGAAUGUAUGAGUAUCUAUAUAUAUAUACACACACACUCAUCUGUUCAUAUAAAAUGUAAUAUAUUAUGAAAUACAUAUUUUCUUCACUAGUUCUCCAUUAAAAUGUUAAGAAUGGAAAGAGAGAAUUACUGUUAGUGCCAUGAAAAUGCAGAAAGCGAAAGCUGAUCUAAAUAAAGGAGGUUUAAGUGCAGCAGUUCAGCAUAAUUCUCUUUUGCCUUGGUUCAGCCCGAGGCAGAAGGACUUCUGCUGUACAUCUUGGCCAGUGACUCCCCAGAGUUUGAUCCUUAGCCAACAAAUGGGCUGUUAGACUGAUUCGGUGUUUCAAGUCUUAAGUGAAGUCUGGGGACAGAUGUUAGAAGACUCUGUACUUAAACAAAAAAAGUGCACAUUUUGUCUUCUGGAGUCUCGAGGGGGGGAAGAAAUGCUGUGUUUGGGUAAAUGUGAGAUGAUAGCACAAAGUGAGUAACUGAACAAAGUACAUAGGGCAAGUCUCCAAAAUAGCUUACAACCUAAAAUUAGGGAUAGGCUCUUAAGAGUCCCCAGUUCCCGUUUAGGAAUCUAAAAUUAAGAGAUUGAAUUGUCAUUGUAAUUCAAUAACUUUAAUUCCCAUUGACUGUAAUCAGUCCUGGAUGCCAAAGUCUUUAGAAAUGUUCUCCUGAGUGAAUUUGGAUCAGAAUAUGGCUACCUAGAUGAGACUGGUUCUUUUGAUAGUGGAAACAAACCUCUGUAUCAUAGUUACCAAAUUCUGAUUGUUCCGUUUAUGUGGAAGUAGGAAGGAUGAACAUCAUUUUUCCUCCGGGCAAAAAUUGCACCUCAUUAUCAAGUCAAUGUAUUCAAUAUCAGCUAAUAGCUUUUCAUGUAGUUCUUGUUUAUCCUGUGCCUUAAAAUAUGAACAUAUGAAGGUGUUUAAGAAAUGGCUAAAAAUAAGCUGUGUUGUCUGUAUGUACCAACACAUUCUCUACUGUUGAAACUGUUUUUAGAAUUACUCUGCUUCACUGACAGGAAAACCGGCUUUCUUAAUUAUAGCAGUGGUAUAACCCAAACUCAAAUCAGCAUGCGUAUCACUAGGAUUUGGAUUAAAAGAAUUUUCAUUUUCUGUCUUGAAUCCUUUAUCAGAGCUGCAGCAAAUGGUGAGAGUUGAAAUGAGAACAAAGGGUAAUCAAUUCUGUACGGAUUGCCUUUUUUGCUCAUGUAAUUCUACAUUAUGAUGCAUGUAUUUAUUCAAUAAAUGGUUCAUAUGGAA